CAACUUUCUUCUACCGGUACUCCUCCAUAGUCCUUAGCCGUCUUCUAUCCUCUGCUCUCCGUCUGCCUGUCAACACCCAAGCAACGCUCGCGGCACGACGGAGCCGGCACAUGGAUAGACGCACUCCUCCGUGGUUCAUCGUCAUCAGAUCCGUGGAUGACGUCCCACCAUCCCCGAUCCCCAUCUCAAAGACCCACGGGGACCUGGCAGCCACCUGCAUGGCAUGAUAUCCACCUCCGCCUCACCUUGAACUCUCCCUUCACGCCCGAUUUACCUCUGGGUAGCUCCAAGCUCAAGGCUCAAGCUCCUGUUGUCAACCUACCAUCUUCAUUCAUGACGAACCUCCCCCAGGUCUACAGCGUCGCUGUGGCUCAUACCCAAUCCUGCUGCUCCCUCCGACGCCACCAUGCCCAUCUUCCAGGACGACCUUGACCACCACUCUCCGGUCAACCCGUCCCCCAUUGAUGUUGCCGCGACAGGCCUCCGCCGUCUCUCUGAAGAGAGCAUUCGCACCGAGCUCUGCGAAGGUCCCAUUCCUGAUAGUCCACGCCGUACCCAGACAUCCAGGUCCGACGAUGGACCUGCGAUAUCGGACCGCAUUGCUCUCAUCGAAAGGCUGAAGCGCGCCCAGUCUCCCACCUGGAUUCCCAACCAUCACCUCGGGUCCAUUCUCCAACACACGAACUCCGUCUCAGCUCCUAAAAGACCACAAACACCGUCCGAAUCGUCGAGUCUCCUACCUCCGGCCCAGAUCAGUCUCGAGAAGGACGAAGCGCGUGAUGAUACCGACGAGAGGCUACAAGCCGGCCUCAGUAUCGAACGGCCCAGAUCGGCUCUGCACAGCGGAGACUUCACCGAGGAUGAAGUCGGGGCGGACAACCAGGCUAGGCCCGUUAGUCGGACACUCGCCGAUACACACCCAGCUCUCACCGAGAACCCGUGGAUUGCCACUUCUCCCCCAAGAGCAUUUGCGUCGUUUCAGUUUGAUCAGAGAAUCCCAUUGUCUGAGAGCACCGAGAGCUUCCCGUCAGGCACCUCACCUCUGUCAUCGUCUUUCUCCUCCGGUUUUAUAUACCAGGCCCCGACCAGCCCUCUAGUCCAAUCUGAGAGCUAUGAGGAACUGGAUCUUUCGAUGCCGCUGGACGGCAUUGAUUUCUCGUCUGGGCGUCUAGGCGCCAGGCGCUAUACCAUGAACUCGGCUACUACAUCGCCAUUCCCCUCUCCUUCCCCUCGGUACUCGAUGCCUCCAAGGAUAUCCUCUUAUCGAAGAGAAGCAACAUUUCCCUACCAAGCGCACCAACCCCGGAGGUCGUUGACUUCAAUCCCAAGCUUCGUGCAAGGCGGCACGUCGCCACAAACACCCGCCUUCUUGCGUUCUCGUCGAUCGUCCUUUGUUUCUGACUCCUCGCCGCUUCAUCAUGCCUCCAUGGUUGGCUCCUACGAAGAGAGCAUCCUCCGUGGUCGCAUGUCGACUACGCCGUCUAAGCCUCUUGAUUUCGUCGCCCAGAUCGGCGUCCUGGGCAAGGGGAAGUGCAAGUCCAGCCUCAAGUGUCCAGCUCAUGUCACUCUAUCAUUCCCAGCUGUCUAUUAUAGCUAUGGCAGCACAUCCCACGGCCGAUCAAAUUCAGAUGAUGGGCCUAGUCCUUACGUUGGUCAAAUCGACCUAGAAAACGGCCUUCCAAACCCGGAAGAUGAGCAGAGGUCCAAGAGGAAGGCUCAAAGUCGCUAUGCCGACAGGAAGACGGUCGAGGAAGAAGUGGACCCAAUGCCUCCCCAAAGCCCCGAGCAUGAGCUACGCCGAAAUUCAAGGGCGAAGCGGAAAUCCGGAGCCCCCAAGGUUCCCCCCGGAGGAAGUUAUAGGAUCCCCGAAAAGGGGCAGAUUCAAAUCAUCAUCAAGAACCCGAACAAAACCGCCGUCAAGCUUUUCCUGCUUCCCUAUGAUCUAACAGGAAUGGAGCCUGGAACCAAGACAUUCAUCCGCCAGCGCAGCUACUCUGCCGGCCCCAUCAUCGACAACGUCCCCGCGGCUUCCGAGCUGGACUCGACAGACCGCCCUAUACUUAGAUAUUUGGUUCACCUGCACAUCUGCUCGCCCGCCAAAGGUCGUUUCUAUUUGUACAAAAGCAUCCGCAUCGUCUUCGCCAACCGCGUUCCGGACGGGAAGGAGAAACUGCGAAACGAGACAACCUGGCCUGAGCCACGCUACACGCCUUACAAGCCGAUCCGUGUCAUGCACCCGUCAACGCCUGCCACGGGCCCAGGUGCGAUGCUCGCCGCCGACAAAGCCUGGCGCAGGAGAAGCGCCGGGUUUCCACUGGGACCGUCGAGUCAGGCCUUCGACGUGAUGGAUGAUGUGUUCCCCACUAAUGUUUACGCCGGUACCUCCUCUGGGACCUUCGCCGCUGGUAAUACGCAUCCCAUUGAGCCUGUUCCAUUCUGCCUUUCUGGCCGGGACCGGCUUGACAGUGAUGUCAGCGACACCACCGCUGUCACGGCGAUUGGAAGCAGCAUUCGCUCCCCGGGUUCCUCGCAGGCCAGUCGACCGACAACCCAGGACUUAUCCGGCACCCCUUCGGUGCCCUGGGGCCCGACGCUGUAUGAGAAGCUCAACAAGGGCGACCUUGGCUAUGGUGGAAAUGCUUUCUCCCUUGCUGGGAAUGGCUCAUCCGGCGGUGCCGAGGGUCUGCUCUCACAACGGCUACGGUCCCUCGGCGUGAAGCAGCCACCUCCUCCGCACGCACCGGCCGAAGAAGACGCCACCUUUUAGAUGAAGAUGCUCGCACCUAUUCUUUUGGAUUAAUACAUUUGUAAAUACACCCUUCACCCCAUAGCAAUGAUCGCCGCAGGCUGGGAGCGACCUCGCGGGGUUUUGAAACUGGCCACAUAGACGGGUGAAAAUUUUGUUUGUGGAGUUAAUCAUGGAAGGCACUGAAACUGGAAUCGGGACUGCACUACAACUGUGCUUGUUUUUAUUGGACUACGGAGUUCGGCGUUGCUUGAUACCAGCUUGAGAGACGAACAGAUCGAUAUUAGGAGAUCAUGGUAAGUACACAAGUUGAUCGCAGCGUCAUAGACAUAGUAACUUCUCAAAUCAUGUCAUAAAUA